AUGAGCACUCAUCAUCGUUCUUCCUCCGAAUUUCAUCAAGAAAACAAGAAGCACAAAAACCGACACGCCAGUAAAAGACAAUUAAAGAAGGAAAACAAGGGUAGAGUGUCCAACAAUGCUGGUGGUAGUUCGGUAGAUGGAGGGUUGAAAGCCUCUCAAACCAAACACACUCAUCAACAAGGAAAGUCUCAAAGAAAACUCCGAGCAAAACAAUUGAGGGACAACAAGAAGCAACAAAUAUUAUAUAGACAGAGAUUGGGAAAGACUGGAAAUCCUCCGAGAAUUGUUGCUAUCAUGUCUUUGAGUGGUUCAACGACAGGACAAGAGGAUGUACAGAGCGUCUUUUGUGAUAUUAUUGGAAGGUCUGAAGAAUAUGAGAGUGGAAAACUCAAAUUGAACGAACUUGACUUGCAUCAGGUUUACACUGUUCGACUUCAAAAGGAAUUUCAACAAAAGACACUCACUCUCUUCUGUGUCAACCAAAAUAACAUGAGGUCUGUUUUGGAUGCAGCCAAAGUGGCAGACAUUAUGAUAUUUGUGCUUCCUUCACAAAGUGUUGAAGAGACUCAACUCCACGCCACAGCACGUUAUAAUUUAUCCUUAUUGAGAGCACAAGGUUUACCUUCAAGUCUUGUCAUUUUGCAAGGUCUAAAUCAAAUUCCUAACAAGAAACAAAACGACUUCAAAAAUACCGUAAACAGAAUACUGAAAGAUGAAAUUCCUGAUUUUGAAAAGGUUUUUAUCUAUAACAAUAGUAAUUCAACAGAGGCCUCAAUGAUGGAUGACAAUACAACCUCGCUAGAACAGUCAAAGAAUGACAUGAAGCAAAUUUUAUUGAGAGUGAAUACGUUGACACCAAAAACAAUUCACUGGAGAGAAAAUCAUCCUUACAUGCUUGUUGAAAAUUAUGAAUUUGUGAAGAAUUCUCAAGAUAGAGAAUUUUCCGAAGUUCUUGACGAUAAUAACAACAGUACAAAUGGAACAUUGAUUGUCCGUGGGUAUUUGAGAGGUAAAUCAGCAAGUCCAAAUCAACUUUUCCAUAUUGUAAAUUAUGGUACUUAUCAAUUGGACAAGAUUUUAUUAGAAAAAGAGAAUUCACAUGCUCUCACCAAAAAAUCCAAGCCUCAAAAUGAAAAUGCAAUGGAAGAUGACAAGAAAUCAUCGCAAACUCCCGAUAAAAACAUGAACCAUGAACCAAAGGAGUUACUUCCUGAUGCUACUCAAGAAUCACUUCAAACUGCUCUGGAUCCUGAUUUGAUGGAUGGAGAACAAACUCUUCCAACAAAAGAGGACUAUGAAAUGGAAUUGCACAAUCAAAUCAUGGAAAAACAAUCAGGAUAUGUUUAUCAUAAGAAGGUGGUUCCUAAGGGUAUGAACGCUUUGGAGGCUGCUUGGAUUAUGGAUUCUUUGGAAGAUGCCAAAGAGGAUGGUGAAUCAGUCGAAGAUGUCGAUGAUGAUAUGAUCGAUGAAGCCAACCGUGCCGUUAAGGACAUAGAAGAAGAAAAGCGUGUGGAAUUUAAUUUUGACAUUGCCUCUGAAGCACAAACACACAUUGACAAGGUCUUUAAUUUGGAUCAAAUGGACGAAGAUAUGACAGAAGAGGAAAGAAUUAAUGAAAUGCUUCGUGCUAUUAAGGCAAGAAAGGAAAUGAAGAACGAAAUGGAUUAUCCUGAUGAAGUUGAAACACCUUUGGACGUUCCUGCUCGUGUUCGUUUCCAAAAGUACAGAGGCUUAAAAUCUUUCAGAUCUUCACCAUGGGAUCCUGAGGAAAAUUUGCCAUUGGAUUACUCUAGAAUUUUCCGUUUCAAGAACUUUAUUGUGUCACAAAAGGUUGCUCUCGAAGGAUUUGAUCCAGACAACGACUACAACUUGUGGGAAAAUUAUAUUACUCUUCACAUUGCUAAUGUUCCAAUGAGUAUGAUAGAGGUGAUCAAACAAAAGAAGGAGCCACUUAUUGUGUUUGGUUUAUUGAAACACGAGCAAAAGACCAGUGUGGUUCAUUUACUUGUCAAGAGAACCAAUGAAUCAGUGGUGAUAAAACAAGCUGCUGACUAUGAUCCUUCCGAUAACAUUACCAAAAUGAUUGAAUAUCAUCCACAAGAUGGAGACGACGAUGAAGAAGAACCAAUUCCUGGAGCAGAAAUUGAGGAGCAUCCUAUCAAAUCAAAGGAUGAACUCAUCAUUCAAAUUGGUUUCAGAACCUUUAAAUGCAAUCCUAUUUAUUCAGAACACAACCCAAGAAAUGACAAACACAAAUUCGAAAGAUUCUUUGCUCCAUACCGAUUCCUGAUCGCUACUGUUUAUGCUCCUGUCACAUUUAAACCUUCGCCAGUUUUGAUGUUCCGUCGUAACCAAAAAGGACCUCAAUUAACCUUACUAGAUAGCAAUACCAUUGUUGAAACAGCCACUAGUGGAAAUAAUCAUGAACAACCAAACUUGGAAUUUGUUGGACAUGGUACAGUUCACAGUGUGGAUCCAUAUCGAUGCAUCAUCAAGAAGAUUAUUCUCACUGGUCACCCAUACAAGAUACAUAAGAAUCAAGUUGUGGCUCGUUACAUGUUCUUCAACCCUGAAGAUGUUCGUUGGUUUAAGCCUGUUGAAGUCUACACCAAAUAUGGAAGACAUGGUGUCAUCAAAGAAGCAAUUGGUACUCAUGGUUACAUGCGUUGCCUAUUCGAUGAUAAUGUACUUCCAAAGGAUACUAUUUGUAUGAAUUUAUACAAGAGAGUCUUUCCAAAAUGGACCACAGAAAGUUCUUCGCUACUUGCUGCACCUUCACUUUCUGUGCCUCGACCUCUCAAAUCCUCCUCAUCGUCGUCACACGGUCCAAAUUAUCUCAAUGAAGAGGCCCUUAGAAAAUUGGGAGUCAUGAAGAACAGACAUGAAGAGGAAAUUGAAAUGAUCGAAGAAUAA